AUGAACCUGUCCUACUCUGGGAAUCAAACAUCCAUCAAGGAAUUCAUACUAUUGGGAUUUAUCAAUAUCAAGCAAGGAAAGACUUUCCUUUUUGUCCUCUUUCUUACCAUGUAUACUAUCUGCUUAUUAGGAAAUUCACUCAUAAUUGCUGUGAUUCUCUUAAAUCAGACACUCCACACCCCUAUGUAUUUCUUUCUUGGCAACCUCUCUUUCCUAGAUGUCUGUUACAUCUCUGUGACUGUACCAAAAAUGUUAGCAGAUAUUUGGGCUGAUUAUCCAAGCAUUUCUUUCAUGGGAUGUGUAGCACAGAUGCAAUUUCUUGUAACUUUAGCGGGUGCAGAGGGAUUCCUGCUGGCCUCUAUGGCUUUGGACCGUUACUUUGCUAUAUGUCGCCCAUUGAGCUACGCCAGACUCAUGAGUAAAUGGACUUGUCUCCAGAUUGCUGCCACCUCAUGGAUUUGUGGCUUCCUCAAUGCUUCUCUUCACACAACACUCACAUUCCGUCUGUCAUACUGCCAAUCUAAUGGAAUCAGCCAUUUUUUCUGUGAUAUCCCUCCACUGCUGAGUAUCUCAUGUUCAGACACAUCAGUCAAUGAAGCAGCUCUUUUCACAGUGGGUGUCUUUGUAGGACUUAGCCCUUUUUUCUUCACUCUAGUCUCCUAUGCUUUCAUCCUUCAUGCCAUUUUGAGCAACCGACAGAAACGGAAGAGUCACAAAGCUAUUUCUACUUGCAUAUCCCACCUGACAGUUGUGAUUUUGUUCUAUGGCUCUGGCAUCUUCACUUAUUUCCGCCCUACCUCCAGCUACUCACUUGAAAGAGAUCAACUUUUUGGGGUUCUAUACAAUAUCUUAACACCAACACUCAACCCUCUUAUCUACAGCCUGCGGAAUAAGGAAGUGAAAUUGGCAAUGAGGAGGUUGGUGGUCAGAGAACAUUCUGUUUUGGAAACGAGGCUCUUCCACAACAACUGA